AUGAGUUGUAGCCAGUCAAACAAUACAUCAGACUUAACUACACCAGUAAGUGAAAUUAACUGUCUGGAUCACCAAUCUGUGAACCCUGCUGAUAUACUGACCUAUGAGGCAGUUCAAGUUGUUGAUAAAAUAACACACUGUGGCUUCACAAACAUUUUUGUUUUUAUUGGAGUCCCGGCAAACCUCCUGACCAUGAUCGUGUUUUACCGCCAGGGACUGCGAGACCGGAUGAACCUCUGUCUCUUCUGUCUCGCCUUCACUGAUCUCAUGUUCCUCGCAUCAUAUGCUCUAAUCGUCUCAUACUGCUUGAUAGGAAUCGCUUUUCCUGACGAGAAAGACUUUUAUAAAUGGUUUUUCAUGAAACAUGGCUUGUAUUUUAAGUUCGGGUUUGGGCAUUCCUCAGGUUGUCUGACGAUGAUCAUCGCCGUCGAGCGGUGCGUGUGUGUCGUGUUUCCCAUCAAAUCCUCGUCAGUCAUCAGCACCAAGACGAUGGCCAUCAUCCUCUUAGUCACCUUCAUCGUCAUACAGCUUUUGUGUUCGGUGUACAUUGUCAAGGAAAAUAUGACAGUCGUGAGAGAUACAACCACUGGAAAAGAUAUCAUCACACUCAUUACUAGUGAACUCUCGUUCCUGAAGGGUCAGGCAGUGUUGAUGCGGAUGCUUGUCGCAGUCUCCUCUGUGUACAUCCUGUGUGCAACUCCUACUAUCAUCCUGGCACUGGUUCGAUUCGCAGUCCCAGACUUCCGUUCUGAUGGCCGUUAUAGUAAUUUGUUCCUGGCUGCACACGGUGUGUUUUUUCUUCCUUUCAUACUUAACUCUUCCGUCAACUUUUUUGUGUAUACAAAAAUGUCUUCAAGGUUUCGCCACGAAUUACAAACAUUGUGUCUCUGUACUAAGAUAAAUAUAACAAAAUCUGUUGUUGUUAGCACUAUCAAUCAUGUUCAAGCGGAAUAA